UGCAUACAUCUUUCGAGAUGAGAGAGCUUUUCUCGGUGAACACUUCUCAAUUGUAACGACCCUUGAGAGCUCUAUCUAUGUACAAUAAAAUGAUACCCAUGCUUCGAAUCUGUGGAAUAAUUAAUUAAUAUCUCAACUAACUGCCCUGUCCACCUGAAACCUCCAGCACUCUCUCUGUUUCUGUCUGUCUCUCUCACACACGCUGUGUGUUAUUUUUCCGUGCCGUGUGCGUGCGUGCGUGAGCUUUCAGCGUGUUUGUGGCCGAUUUGUGGGGUUCGUUGCUGAUAAGUCGAGAGUGGAGUGAAGGAGGGAGAGGGGUGAGAGAUGGGUAAAGAGGAGGAGGAUGCAUGGGUUGUGAUGAAGACGGCCAGAGCACCCAGCAACAUUGCGGUGAUCAAGUACUGGGGCAAGCGUGAUGAGAAGCUCAUCUUGCCCAUUAAUUCCAGUAUCAGUGUGACGCUGGAUCCAGAGCAUUUGUCUGCCACUACCACCGUUGCUGCCAGCCCUGCAUUUGAGAGGGACCGUCUUUGGCUCAAUGGCAAGGAAGUGUCAGUGGAAGGGGAGAGGUACAGAAACUGUUUGAGAGAGAUGCGGGCGCGAGCCACAGAUGUGGUGAUUGAAUCUAGUGGCAAGGUCAUCACCAAGGAGGUUUGGAGUACUCUCCACAUUCACAUUGCCUCUGAGAACAACUUCCCUACCGCAGCAGGUUUGGCCUCGUCAGCGGCCGGGUUUGCUUGCUUAGUCUAUUCUCUCGCCCAGUUGAUGAAUGUGAAGGAAAAGUACGAAGGAGAGCUCACGGCAAUUGCACGACUUGGAUCUGGAAGUGCUUGUCGCAGUCUUUACGGUGGAUUUGUGAAAUGGAACAUGGGUCAGGAGGCUGAUGGGAAGGACAGCAUUGCUACUCAGCUUGCGGAGCAAUCACAUUGGGAAGACCUUGUCAUAAUCAUUGCUGUGGUGAGUUCUCGUCAAAAGGAGACUAGCAGCACCUCUGGAAUGCAGGAAAGUGUUAAGACCAGUCCGCUUCUCAAGUACCGAGCUGAGGAGAUGGUGCCAAAACGCAUUGGGCAGAUGGAAAAAGCCAUUAAAUCCAUGGACUUUGCAGAGUUUGCAAGGAUAACUUGUGCAGACAGUAACCAGUUCCAUGCAACCUGCCUGGACACCUCCCCUCCAAUUUUUUAUUUAAAUGACUCUUCCCGCAGACUUAUAGGGUUGGUAGAGCGGUGGAAUCGCCAUGCAGGAGAACCCCAGGUUGCCUAUACAUUUGAUGCUGGCCCUAAUGCAGUAAUGUUUGCUAAGAACAAAGAAGUUGCAGUACAGCUGCUCAAGCGCCUUCUUUACCAGUUCCCUCCAUCUGCCGAGGCUGAUCUUUCGAGAUAUGUUCUCGGCGAUCAAAGUGUUCUAAAAUCUGCUGGAGUUACUUCCUUAGAGGACAUCGACUCUCUUUCUGCGCCAGCAGAGUUUGCUGGAGUCAUCAAUUUGCCUAGAAUACCUGGUGAAAUUGAUUAUCUUAUAUGUACUAGUGCUGGAAAGGGUGCGUCUGUUUUGGAUGGACAGAUUGCUAGCCUUCUAGACCCUGCCACUGGUCUUCUGGUGAAAAAUGAGUAGAAAUUAGUAUCAAGCGCAGAGCAGUUCUAGAUCUAGCCGCCAUUAUGUCAAUUCACUGACUCCUGCCAUCAAAAUUAGAGUUUGCUGGAGUCAUCAAUUUUCGAGGUACAACAUCUAUUCAGAUACUCAAAGUAAGAGGUAUUGUUUAAAUGCACUCCUCACAGCAUUUGAUAGUA